AUGUCAAGGACGCCGGACAAAGAAUUCUCUGCCGAACCGUCUAUCCUGGUGACUGUUGAUGGGCAGGAGCUGCGUCUCUCAGACGAGGUAUUCUACAUGCCAUCAAGACCUCAAGCCCACCAGCUAGUCAGGAGCUAUUUUGACAUCUCAACACCCUUUUUCCAAUUCCUUCACUUGGGUACAGUGACGAGCCUGGUUGAAAGCCUUUACCAACAGGUGGCCGAGCAGCAGGCUGCUCGUGAAGCUAUAUCUCAGAGCCAAAUCACGCUCUUGCUGAUGAUCUUUGCCGCGGCUACUUUUGAUGAUACGGGAGAGACUUCAUCCACGAAUUCUGGAGGUGAGUCAUUCCUCGAGGCUGCGCAAAGGCGCUUGCAAAAAGAAAGUGGUGCACCAAGCCUUGACUCGGUUCAGGCGAGGCUUGUUGAAUGUCUGCACCUGCUUUCAACUCGGCACGCAAAUGAAGUCUAUUCGAAGUUCGGUACCACGGUCGCAUUGAUUAUCACCCUUGGCCUGCAUCGUCGCAGGCGCCCCGGGGGUUACAAGUCGGAAAUUGGAGCUGUCGAGCACGAGUGCCGUAAACGAGCCUUCUGGGCUGCUUAUGUGCUAGAUAGAUAUCUCAGUGUCAUGGGUGGCCGUCCGCGAACUCUCCAAGAUUUUGAUACCGAUCAGGAUUUUCCAGCAAGGGUACAUGACGAUGAACUGACUUUCGAGGGCACAAAGCCCAGAGAUGGCCAAUUUGAUUACUGGCCCGUAUCAGCGCCCAUAGCUCUGCUCAAGUAUAUCCUCUACGACGAAUAA